AUGUCAGAAAAGGAAAUUGUCGAAGUGUUUGUGCGGGUGCAAGAGCCCGAAUAUUAUGACAGAAUCAUGUUGCUCGUUGGAGCAAAAUUUCCUGAGAUAGUCAAGGUAAGUGAGACUAUCGAAGAUGGAUUGAGAACCGGGAAGAUUGCCCGUGUUGCUGCCUCGCCUGGAUCUUCGGGCUUGUUAAAGAAGAAAAGAGAGGAUGUGACAUCUAUCUCUUAUGAGGGGAAGAAGACCCCAAGGAGAUCAUCAUCAUACCAAAGUCGUUCUCGACCUUCACAGAGUUCGUACCUCGCUUGUUAUACCCAGACUGACUACCAAAAUACCCCUCCCCCCAGUUAUCAAAAUGCCCCUCCUCCCAGUUAUCAAAAUGCUCCCCUUCCUAGCUACCAAACUCCUCCUACUAUCUACCAAACUCCUCCUCCAGUUUAUCAAGCUCCAUCUCAUCAAUAUCGAAAUGCCACCCCCAACUGUACCAACAUCUAG